UGCUGUCCAAAUAGUAUGGAAAAAAAUUAGAUUUUUUUAAGCUUUAUUUGCAACUUUAGCUUCAACACUCUCAUUUUCUGUGUGUUUUGCUUUCUAUGAUUAUUAUGGCAAUAACAAGUUCUUCAACAAUCUCCAUAUCUAAAUUGGAUUUCCCUGUUUCACUUUCACAAAGCAUAAACAAGAAAAUCUCUAUUAGUUCAAUCCCUUUUUGUACCAAAAAAUAUGUUCCUAAAAAGUUGUUCUUUUCUAUCAAGAAUCCAAAAUCUUGUGGAUAUAUAUCAAAUUCACUUGUAAAUGAUUGUUCAAUUGAUGAAACCUCUAAAGAAAACAAGACCCAAGUUUCCAUUGAUGUCAAAACCAGUACGUGGAACUGGAAGGGCUAUUCCAUCCGAUACCAGUAUUGUGGCAACAGUGGCCCUGCGCUCGUUUUAGUCCAUGGUUUUGGAGCAAACAGUGACCACUGGAGAAAAAAUCUACCUGUUCUUGCACAGUCACAUCGGGUGUUCUCUAUCGACCUUAUUGGUUAUGGCUAUUCAGACAAACCAAAUCCUCGUGAGCUUGGUGUAGACAACUUUUAUUCAUUUGAAACAUGGGGCAGCCAACUAAACGAUUUUUGUAAGGAUGUUAUCGGAGAUAAAGCCUUCUUCAUUUGCAAUUCCAUUGGAGGGCUUGUUGGUCUUCAGGCUGCCAUUUUGGAACCACAACUCUGUAGAGGCAUUCUUCUUUUAAAUAUCUCUCUCCGAAUGCUGCAUAUAACGAAGCAGCCUUGGUUUGGUAGACCACUGAUUAAAGCAUUUCAGAAUCUAUUGAGAAAUACUGAACUCGGGAAAUUCUUUUUCAAAAGUGUUGCUACUCCUGAAGCAGUGAAAAACAUUCUGUGUCAGUGCUACUACGACACAUCCCAGGUGACGGAUGAGUUAGUACAGGCCAUCCUUCUUCCAGGGCUUGAGCCUGGUGCUGUCGAUGUGUUUCUCGAGUUCAUUUGCUAUUCAGCGGGACCUCUACCCGAGGAACUACUACCUCAAGUGAAGUGUCCUGUUCUGGUGGCAUGGGGUGACAAGGAUCCUUGGGAGCCAAUAGAACUUGGUAGAGCCUAUGGCAAAUUUGAUACAGUUGAAGAUUUCGUCGUCCUCCCUAAUGUUGGCCAUUGUCCUCAGGACGAGGCACCUCAUCUUGUGAACCCACUGGUGGAAUCAUUUGUUGCCCGGCAUGCCAACGUAUGAGAGCUGAGUCGCAGUGAGCGUGUAGUCUUGUUGCUUACAUCAGAAUACACGUAUGGUUUCGCGUC